CUCGCUGUGCUUCACGGAAACACGGAAGUUUCUAAAUUUCCAGCAGACCCAUCACAUGACUGCAGUGACAUGGAGUUCUGUUUCAGCCUGGACUGAGUUAGACUACAAUAAAAUCGUCCAGAGACGUCGCGUUUCUGUUCCCGGCAUUGUAUUGUGUUUCUAGCCAUGGAGAGAUUGGAGGGGACAUCGGAGCUCCAGUCGCGGCUGUCAUCGCUGUCCUUCUCGUCUUUCCCAGGAAUAACAUCCAAACAUUGCGAAAGCGCCCAAUCUGACAGGCUCCAAAACACAGACCUCUCCACAAACUUGAGCCAGUCCCCAAAACAAGCUAAUAUGGAUGCAUCUGAGCAGCGUGAAGAGGCUAAUGAAGAGGCUCCUGCUGAGCACACCUCAGGGGACCAGGGUGAGAAGAGCAGCACAGGCCGCCCUCCGCUCUCCACCGAGAUUAAAGCUGAGACGUCACCCCUGAAACCCCCGUCGACAUGGACAUCUGCUGCCCUCAAAGAGCUCAAGGCCAAGCUUCGAACGGAGAAGGACAGCAUGGUGACGGUCUACCGAGGUGACAUCAUGACCGUGCACGUGCCCACUGUGCCAGAAGCCAAGAAGGUGUGCUGGGAGUUUGCCACAGAUGGCUACGACAUUGGCUUUGGCAUCUAUUUUGACUGGACUCCCAUCACAAAUCGGGCCAUCACUGUGCACAUCAGUGAAUCGAGUGACGAUGAAGAUGAAGAGGAGGAGCUAGAAGGCCCGGUCACCAACGAAGAUGUGGAGAAGGGCUCAAAAGCAGAAAGCAACUCAAACCUGGUUGAGCUCAUACCCGUAUACCGUCAGGACAGCCACUUGACAAUCUACGGCGGCAGCCACGACUUCCCAGGCGAAGGCACUUACCUCUUCAAAUUUGACAACUCCUACUCUCUAUGGCGAAAUAAAACACUUUACUACAGAGUUUAUUACAGUGCCUAAAACUCCAAAUCUUUAAGAAUGUAUGAUUUAAAGAAACAAAAUACUCAUAUGAAUGCUAAAGCUAUUUUAAAUGAUCUAAAGUUCAAAUAAAGCAUAGAGGAUAGAUGCAUACAGGCAUAUCUAUUUUUUACCACUCAGCUUGUGUUUCCAAAUGUAAAAUUUGAAGAAGCCUUUCAUUUGCAUCAAUGCCAUUAAAAUCUAAUUUUAAGAUUAGUUUUUUUUUUUUUUUUUUUUUUUUUUAAACCGCUCCUCAAUUAAAGGUAAUGUGUUGUGUGUCAGUAGGGGACAUAAAUCAAGAAUGUACUGAAGCAAGCGAUGCCAGAUAUCCAGUGUGUGUGUGUUUUUUAUGACACUCGUUAUCACAUAAAGCUCUUAUUAUGUAAUAGUGAUUCAAUAUUUACAUAUGCUGAGGCCCUGGCUUUAAUUUGCAGAAGUAAUGUUUCAUCUAUAUGUAGUUUGUGCACAAGUCUAUAUGUGAGUGAAGGUCACUGUGUUUAUAUGUUCUCUCUGUUAAAUGGUCGUGUUCCUCUUCAUUUCCAUCCAUCCAUCCAUCCAUUUUCUGAGCCGCUUCUCCUCACUAGGGUCGCGGACGUGCUUGAGCCUAUCCCAGCUGUCAUCGGGCAGGAGGCGGGGUACACCCUGAACUGGUAGCCAGCCAAUCGCAGGGCACAUAGAAACAAACAACCAUUCGCACUCACAGUCAUGCCUGCGGGCAAUUUAGAGUCUCCAAUUAAUGCAUGUUUUUGGGAUGUGGGAGGAAACCGGAGUGCCCGGAGAAAACCCAUGCAGGCACGGGGAGAACAUGCAAACUCCACACAGGCGGGGCCGGGGAUUGAACCCGGGUCCUCAGAACUGUGAGGCUGAUGCUCUAACCAGUCGCCCACCGUGCCGCCCCUCUUCAUUUCAAACUACCUUAUCUCAUUUCACAUGCUUUAAAGCUUCCAAUUGUUUGUUUGUUCUGUAUCUUUAAGUUAUGAUGCUCCUGAAAAUGUAUAUUCCACAAUAAAGACAAUGCUUACUUUGC